CUACCUAGCUAUCUCAUCCACCAUCUAUCUACCUAGCCAUCUAUCCCUGUCGCCCAUAUCGAUCCCGACUCGGACUUAUACACGAUCCAUCGCCAAUUGAUUGACAUUGACGCUGUCGUCAUCACUACAGUGCCAUUGCCUGCUCUCCAUAAUCCAUUGACAUCGCGAACUCGCCUUUUCCACCCUCCGACUACUGCUCCGACUUCCUGACAGGCACGCUGUCUUGACCGACCGCAUACGCCUUUGACGAAACCAAUUCUCAUCUUAGUCACUCCUCCCGCCAUUCACAAUGCCUUUCUUGGCUCGAUCCCGCUCCAACUCUCCAGAGCUCCCCUCUGAUUCAAAGCCCUUAUACCUGGGCUUCGACCUGUCCACCCAGCAGCUCAAAGGUAUCGUUGUCGACUCAGACCUCAAGGUCGUUGGUGAAGCCAAGGUCGAUUUUGACAAGGACUUUGGGCGCAAAUAUGGUGUCCAAAAGGGUGUCCACGUUAUUGAGGAGACGGGCGAGGUUUAUGCUCCCGUCGCCAUGUGGAUGGAGUCGCUUGACCUCGUUCUCGAACGUCUAGCGGAAGCCAUGCCUGUGCCUCUAUCUCGCAUCCGCGCGAUCAGCGGUUCUUGCCAGCAGCACGGUAGUGUCUUCUGGAACGGCCAGGCCUAUGAGAUUCUCCACAACCUCGACCCUCGUCUACCUCUUGCUGUGCAGCUCCCUGGAGCUCUUGCGCACCCUUGGUCGCCCAAUUGGCAAGAUCAGAGCACCCAGAACGAAUGCGACGCCUUCGACGCUGCUCUUGGUGGCCGACAGAAGCUCGCCGAGGUGACGGGAAGCGGCGCGCAUCAUCGCUUUACUGGAACACAAAUCAUGCGCCUCAAGAAGGACCUCCCUCAGAUGUACGCUAGAACUGCUCACAUCUCCCUCGUCUCUUCAUGGCUCGCCUCCGUCUUUCUCGGAGCCAUCGCCCCGAUGGACGUCAGCGACGUCUGCGGCAUGAACCUCUUCGACAUGUCCCGUCAGACAUUCAGCGAGCCUCUCCUCGAGCUUGCCGCUGGCAGCAAGCGCGACGCCAUCAACCUGCGCAAGAAGCUGGGCGAGCCUUGUCUCAAGGGUGAGGCCAUCCUUGGUCCCGUCUCCCCGUACUUUGUGGACCGCCACGGCUUCCACCCCGACUGCCAGAUCACCCCCUUCACUGGCGAUAACCCCGGUACUAUUCUUGCUCUUCCUCUUCGACCCCUCGACGCCAUUGUCUCUCUCGGUACUUCCACGACCUUCCUCAUGAACACCCCCAAGUACAAGCCCGACGGAUCCUACCACUUUUUCAACCACCCCACCACCGAUGGUCACUACAUGUUCAUGCUCUGCUACAAGAACGGUGGCCUAGCACGCGAGAGGGUUCGCGACCAGCUUCCCAAGCCCGAGAACGGCCCUACCGGUUGGGAGACGUUCAACAAGGCUGUCGAGGACACGCCCCUUAUGGGCGCUGCGAAGGAGGACGACAGACGCAAGCUUGGCCUGUACUUCUACCUCCGCGAAACUGUCCCCAACAUCCGCGCUGGUACCUGGCGCUACUCGUGCGAACCUGAUGGUUCGGACCUUCAGGAGGUCAAGGGCGGAUGGGACAAGGAGACAGACGCACGCAUGAUCGUCGAGUCCCAGGCCUUGUCCAUGCGCCUACGCUCCCAGAACCUCGUCCAUAGCCCCCGACCUGGUCUGCCUGCCCAGCCUCGUCGCAUCUACCUUGUGGGCGGCGGUUCGUUGAACCCUGCCAUUGCCCGCGUCCUGGGCGAGGUUCUUGGUGGCAGCGAGGGUGUGUACAAGCUCGACGUCGGCGGCAACGCUUGCGCUCUGGGUGGUGCUUACAAGGCUCUCUGGGCCAUGGAGCGCCAGGAGAAUGAGACCUUUGAUGACCUCAUUGGCAAGCGAUGGACCGAGGAGGGCAACAUCCAGCGCAUCGAUGAGGGCUUCCGUGAUGGAACUUAUCAAAAGUACGGCAAGCUGCUGACGGCAUUUGAAGCCCUGGAGAACAAGAUCCUGGCCGAGCAGGCUCACGCACCAGAGGAAGACCAAAGGCGUUCAGAGGAAAAGGUUUAACUGAAUCAGGGUAUCUAAUGUCUAAAGCGGACUGGUCUAAUGUCAUUUAUCUAACGUACUUGCUCAUGAAGCGCCUAUGAAAAUCGGAUCGGAGGAGGUCCUAGGCCAGGAGUCAGCGAACUGUUUUUGCAUAUAUUUUUUCCUUGUUCCUCUCUCCAAACAAGUUUUGUAUAUAGAAAAUGGAGUAGACACACAAAAGGGACAGCGAUGCAGAUAGAAAUACACAGAAACGGGGAAUAAGACUCACGUUUAC